CCAAAAUGCAUUGCCUCUACGCGCUCGCUGUCACUGCGGACGUGACGAUCAGAUAAGAUUGGAAAUGAUUCUGGACCGUGAAUAUUCUCUGGAGAUAAAACCAUAUUUACUUACCAUGAAAAACGUUACAUUAUAACUUUAGACGCGCAUUUAUUUCGUUUGAACGCGGCCCCAUCCUGAAGUGACGAUAUUGUGCGAGAUUCGAGGAGAAAAGAGCGUUUCCAACUCGGUCCGUUUCUGCUGCCUGUUGCUCAGCUGCGUCUGAAGAAAACCAGCAUCGAUACGCGUCGGAUUUGUCUCCACCUGAAAAAUGCCACGGGAUAACAAGAAGUCUCUGAUUCAGAAAAUAGCCAGCCAAGCCGAUAUCACAUUUAAAGAUUUCAAUGCAUCCGCAAUUGGGGACAACAAAGUAUUAUUGGAAAACCGGGGGGAUCUAAUCACCCUGCUGACGGAAGUCAGGACUGCAGACCUGAAGAUGAAACCGAACGGCUCCCAUUCCGAACACAACCCACCUGUCACGUACAUGCACAUCUGCGAGACGGAGUCGUUCAGUAUGGGGGUGUUUCUACUGAACAGCGGGGCUUCCAUCCCGCUCCACGACCACCCCGGUAUGAACGGGAUGCUCAAGGUUCUAUACGGGAAAGUCAGUAUCAGGUGUUUUGACCUGUUGGAUAAACCUUCGGACCAGGUGCAGAGUGAGACCCAGUUCGACCCGCCGCUGCUGCCGUUCCAGAAGGACUCUCUGCGGCGGGCUGUGCUCCGGUCAACCAUGUGGUUCACCCAUGACAGUAGUCCGUGUAUCUUAACCCCGCAGAGGGAGAACCUGCAUCAGAUCGACACGGUGGAUGGACCGGCUGCUUUCCUCGACAUCCUGGCACCUCCGUAUGACCCUGAAGAUGGGAGGGACUGUCAUUAUUAUAAAGUCCUACAGACAGUUCCCGACGCAGACAGUAAGGUAGAGGCGCAGCAGCCGUGGGAGGAAGAGACGUGGUUACUAGAGAUAGGCCAGCCUGAUGGCUUCUGGUGUGGGGGUGAACCAUACCCCGGGCCCAAGGUUUCCUUCUAAUGUCGGUGUUGUAAAGGCAGGGAUACCUGUGACCAAAUAGGGGCGGCUGGAAGACUUUCACAAGACUGAAUCACUGUGACAUGAGUUGGUGCAGGUGAAUGAACUGCAGGUGGAUUAUGUCUCUGGGACAGGCCUUUUGUUUAAGUAUUGAACUUUCUCCUGUAAACUUCCAAAUAAGAUGUUUUCAUCCUGAACAGGCUCAGGAACGUCCUAUGCUCUUAACAUCAUUUGUUUGUAACUGGAAAUAUGAUAUGCCUUAUGUGAAUAUUGAAUGUAAACUUUGAAAGCAUUUAUCAUGUCUAGUUUCCAUGUGCACACUACAUUUUCUAUCUUUCAUUGAUUUAUUCCAAACAAAUGUGUGUAUGUGUAAACACUAGCUUUGUUUAUAAUUGAAGGCUUUUAUUUUGGGACAGCUGAAAGUUCUACCUAUAGCCUUACUGCAUGUACAGUGUACAGCUGAAAGUUCUACCUAUAGCCUUACUGCAUGUACAGUGUACAGCUGAAAGUUCUACCUAUAGCCUUACUGCAUGUACAGUGUACAGCUGAAAGUUCUACCUAUAGCCUUACUGCAUGUACAGUGUACAGCUGAAAGUUCUACCUAUAGCCUUACUGCAUGUACAGUGUACAGCUGAAAGUUCUACCUAUAGCCUUACUGCAUGUACAGUGUACAGCUGAAAGUUCUACCUAUAGCCUUACUGCAUGUACAGUGUACAGCUGAAAGUUCUACCUAUAGCCUUACUGCAUGUACAGUGUACAGCUGAAAGUUCUACCUAUAGCCUUACUGCAUGUACAGUGUACAGCUGAAAGUUCUACCUAUAGCCUUACUGCAUGUACAGUGUACAGCUGAAAGUUCUACCUAUAGCCUUACUGCAUGUACAGUGUACAGCUGAAAGUUCUACCUAUAGCCUUACUGCAUGUACAGUGUACAGCUGAAAGUUCUACCUAUAGCCUUACUGCAUGUACAGUGCCUUUGGAAAGUAUUCAGACCCCUUGACUUUUUUCACAUUUUGUCACAUAACAGCUUUAUUCUAAAAUAUAUUACAUUGUUUUUCCUCAUCAAUCUACACACACUACCCCAUAAUGACAUCACAAUACCCCAUAAUGACAUCACAAUACCCCAUAAUGACAUCACAAUACGCCAUAAUGACAUCAUAAUACCCCAUAAUGGUUUUAGAAAGUUUUGCUAAUUUAUUACAAAUAAAAAAAUACAAUUUCACAUUUACAUAAGAAUUCAGAGACUUGUCCCGAAGCCAUUCCUGUGUUGUCUUGUCUGUGUGCUUAAGGUCGUUGUCCUGUUGGAGGUGAACCUUCGCCCCAGUCUGAGAUCCUGAGCGCUCUGGAGCAGGUUUUCAUCAAAGAUCUCUCUGUACUUUGCUCCAUUCAUCUUUGCCUUGAUCCUGACUAGUCUUGCCGUCCCUGCCGCUGAAAAACAUCCCCACAGCAUGAUGCUGCUUCACCGUAGGGAUGGUGCCUGGUUUCCUCCAGACGUGAUGCUUGGCAUUCAGGCCAAAGAUUUCAAUAUUGGUUUCAUCAGACCAGAGAAUCUUGUUUCUCGGUCUGAGAAUCUUUACGUGCCUUUUGGCUAACUCCAAGUGGGCUGUCAUGUGCCUUUUACUGAGGAGUGGCUUCCAUCUGUCCACUCUACUAUAAAUGCCUGAUUGGUGGAAUGCUGCAGAGAUGGUUGUCCUUCUGGAAGGUUCUCCCAUCUCCACAGAGGAACUCUGGAGCUCUGUCAGUGACCAUCGGGCAGUGGUGUAAAGUGCUUAUUAAGUAAAAAUACUUUAAAAUACAACUUAAGUCGUUUUUUGGGGUAUUUGUACUUUACUAUUUAUUUUUUGGACUGUUACUAAAUUCCUGAAGAAAAACAUUUACAUUUUACUUCAUAGAUUUUCCCUGACACCCAAUAGUACUCGUUACAUUUUGAAUGCUUAGCAGGACAGAAAAUGGUCCAACUUAUCAAGAGAACAUCCCUGGUCAUCCCUACUGCCUCUGAUCUGGCGGACUCACUAAAUAGAAAUGCUUUGUUUUUAAAUGAUGUCUGACUUUUGGAGUGUGACCCUGGCUAUCUGUAAAUAAAUUUAAAAAAUA